AUGAUUGGCUUGCUGGAUGUGUCUCGACUGAACGAAUAUUUAGUGUUGUCAAAGGUGUUAAAUUUAAUAAAUCGACGAAUAAAAAAAGUAACUAAAUGGAUUACGCUAGUUAUUCUUUUUUUAACAUUAAUAACUCAUCUUCAUAUUCCGUUACAUCGUCAUUUAAUCGAUGAUAUUGAUACUGAUGAACAACGGAGUUGGUGUUUAGCUCGAUGUUCUUCUUCGAUGAAUAUUUUUAAUCCAUUUAUUACUCUUGCUCAUUUCUUUAUUCCAUUUUCAAUUAAUUUAUUAUCUAUUGUAUUCGUUAUUAUUUUAAUAGCUCAUUCUCGUUUUACUCUACAGCCAAGAUUAACAUAUAAACAACAUUUAGAAUUACAUCUUAUGGCAUCAUACACAUUGGUACUUUUAGCGUUAUCAAGAUUAAUCAUAUCUUUUAUAAGAGGGAUGUAUGAAAUCACCGAAUAA